CGUUGAAGAAACGUUUUAAUUCUAUAUUAGUUGUUGCACAUGCUUGAUUUUAUUGUAAAUUGCAUGUUUGUUAGUCCUUACAAUGAUCGAACAGGACUAGUUCGGCCGUUUGCUAGAUUUGCCAUUUUGCCUAUACUUACCCCAUCCGAAUUUAGUUUUGAGUUAUGGAAAAUCGACGGGUAGGCUUCUGCUAUAAUGCAUUUCAACGUAGGAAACGAAAAUAUUAGGUCAGUUGCGGCUUCUUUACAAAACGAAAUUAUACCAUACAUAACCUAUUUACAUUGCCAAGCUCUUUUUAAAUACGGUACCUGAUGAGCAUUCUGCAUUUAUAUCACUACAUAAAUCCUGAACAUCAUGAAAACUUUCACAGCGAGUUACUUUGUGGAGUGCAGCGACUGUUGUUAAGUCGAAGAUAAUGCAUGAAGUUUUUUAAUGUCAUUCUUUAAUACAGUAUCGAAGUGCACUCAGUUUUGAAACAUUUGUGUAAAAUUAACAAAAGUAAUAUCUUGUCAAUGCUGUCAUUGAAAUCAUAAUAUCGUAAUUUUUGGCAGCACUGUUUUGGAUAUUUACAAAACGGAUCACGUGUAGUAUUGUGCAGCGGUUAUGAGUCAUUAAAGCCUCAGCUGAGAUCAUCAAACUAGGACUUUAUAAUGUCUGCAAUAAACCGUUUCAAACUCGUUUGAUUUUGAGAUGUUAGCCAGAGCGUUGACUUGGAAAUGCUGAGAAACUCUUUGGGCCCAUCUGUCUACAUGGUGUCAGGCCCCUGGGUCCUUUAGGCUCGGCCAAUCAGAACGGCACGUGGUGAAAAGGGACCUAUCAGCGAGCUGCAUUCCUGAAUAUUCAUUAGCUAUCCAGUCAAACCUUUCAGGCGAGUUAGUGUGUAUUCACAGCAUCAUGCCUCGACUUUGUCAACCCCAAAACUCCAUUUUCUUAUGAAUGGAGAGUGAAAAAAAUCAGAUUCGCUUAAAUUGGGAUCCUUUUCGGCCGGUGGGAGUAGUGGAAGGAAAAGAAGUGAAGUGACAAGCUGGGAGGCGAAUGAUGACCAUGACUACAAUGUCAGAAAACCUCAACAGCCCCGUCUCAAGUAAAGCAGUUUUUAUGGAGUUUGGGCCACCAAGUCAACAAAUGUCGCCUCCCAUGUCUCACGGACAUUACUCCAUGCACUGUUUACAUUCCGCCGGCCACUCUCAACAUGACAGCUCCUACAACACUGCUUCAUCCUUCUCACGGUCUCUGGGCUACCCCUAUGUCAAUUCAGUGAACAACCAUUCCAGUAACCCCUACAUCAAUUCAGUGCAGUCGUACCAAAACAGCUCGAAUCUGGCACACACAAGAUUAGAGGACACAGGAGCAGAAUCAGAUAAAGGUACCGUGGUGGAGAGUGGAGAAGUCAGGUUUAAUGGGAAAGGGAAAAAAAUCCGCAAACCCCGGACCAUUUAUUCCAGCCUACAGCUGCAAGCUUUGAACAGACGGUUCCAACAAACUCAAUACCUGGCUCUGCCUGAAAGAGCCGAACUUGCUGCUUCUCUGGGGUUGACACAGACACAGGUAAAGAUUUGGUUCCAGAACAAGCGUUCUAAGUUUAAAAAGCUGAUGAAACAGGGUAAUGGUGCAUUAGAAAACAGCGCCCUUGCUAAUGGUAGGGGCCUAACCGGAUCCUCCCCUCCAGUUCCACCCGUCUGGAACCCCUCAUCUGCCGGCAAGAGCUCCACGGGGACCCCGGGAAACUACAUCCCUAGCUACACAUCGUGGUACCCUCCAGCGCACCAGGAAUCUAUGCAACAGCCCCAACUGAUGUAAGAUAACCACCCUCGCCCUGUUUAAGCAAGGACAUUAAUCCAAGAAAGCAAUUUCUGAAGUGCACCAUGCCCUUAGCAGACACGCACAGAUGUGAUGCGGAGCGAGUUCCCAAUUCUGCCAGCUGACAGCUCGGCGAAAUCUCUCUCAGAUCCCGGUUAGAACAGACCGCCAGCACCAAGACUCUUUGGCGUAAUCCCUGGGACAGUUAAAAAGCCUUUGUUACAAAUUCCUUGUAUGCAUCCUACUCCAAAAGAGGCAGGCUUUGUAUCCCCCUUUAGGAUUUUAGGUCUGUAAUCUGAAGACUGGUUAAUGCAGCGCAGAAUUCACAACAGCAGGAAGUUCUUACUGCACGCGGUCACGGUUUUUGUAUAUAUUAUUAUUUAAGUAUGUUGCACAGAUUUAGCGUUUUUUUUGUUUUGUGUGGAGUGUACAUGAUACAUUGUGAAAUGGGAUCUUAAUAUUUACCUGUGAAAUGGAAACGUGAUACUGAAAAACACUGUGUCUAGCGUUCUAAAUGUAAAGGUUUAGUUUUAUAUUGACGAUGUUAACUUAUUGCUUUGUAUCUUUGAAUCUUUGUAAAUAUAUUAUAAAGUCCAUUCAAGACAGUAAAAAUAUGAUUUUAAA